AUGAGCACCUCCUCCGCCGACAUCCCGCUCCUCUACCGCCUCUUCUUCCUCUACAUCGAGCCCCUCUCCGCCCUCGUCGGCUCCUACUUCGCCGCCGGCCAGCCCACCGCCUACCUCACCUACCUCGCGCCCACCCCCGCCGGCGCGCUCGCGGCGCAGGCCCCGCCCACGGCGACGCUCGUGUCCCUCUACCAGCUCUCGAACCUCUACCUGCUCUUCGCGCUCAACGAGCACCUCGUGCUGUCCUCGACGCGCGCGCGCGGCGUCUGGCGCGCGCUCCUCUUCGGGCUGCUCGUCGCGGACCUCGGCCACCUCGCGACGAUGGUGCCCGUCGCGCAGGAGAAGGGGUUCGCGGCGGUGUUCCUCCGCUUCUGGGGGUGGAACGCGAUGGAGUGGGGCAGCGUCGGGUUCGUGUACGCGGGUGCGGCGAUGCGGAGCGCGUUCUUGCUUGGGGUCGGCUUGGGGCGGGAGGGGAAGGCGAAGAGCGAGUGA